ACCCGCCCCCUGCCGCUCUAGUCGCUGUGUGUGGCAGUUGCCAGGCCCCGCGGCGGCGUCUGUUGGUGCGCGGCCCUGUACAGCCGCCGCCCAGCCGGGGCCGCCCCUUGCCACAGCGGCGCGGCCCCCUCCCCCACCCCGGCUGAGGUGGUCCAGCUGCCCCAGAUGUGCAUUCCUAAGCAGCUCAACACCUCCACCUUCCCAAGUAUUACCCAGCCUUCCCAAACAGACAUCUCCUCCUAUAUGGAUCAACCUGCUAGUGAUGGUGAAGCUGGGAAAAGGCUACUGUAACCACAGCCAGGAUGAAUCGGCUGCCAGAUGAUGCAGAAAAUGUUCAGAGCAGCAGUCGGGGCUCCUGUCCUUCCUUGCAGGAUGUCCAUUCCAUCAACCCAGCGCAGCUGAUGGCAAGGAUUGAGUCCUAUGAAGGAAGAGAGAAGAAAGGCAUAUCAGAUGUCAGAAGGACUUUCUGUUUGUUUGUUACCUUUGACCUUUUAUUCGUAACCUUGCUGUGGAUAAUAGAGCUAAAUGUAAAUGGGGGCAUUGAGACUACUUUAGAGAAGGAAGUCCUGCAGUAUGACUACCAUUCUUCAUAUUUUGAUAUAUUUCUACUGGCAGUCUUUCGAUUCAACGUGUUAAUACUUGCAUAUGCAAUGUGCAGACUGCGCCAUUGGUGGGCAAUAGCUUUUACAACAGCAGUGACCAGUGCCUUUUUAUUAGCAAAAGUAAUUCUCUCAAAGUUGUUUUCCCAGGGUGCUUUUGGCUAUGUGCUGCCCAUUAUAUCCUUCAUACUUGCCUGGAUAGAGACCUGGUUCCUGGAUUUUAAAGUGUUACCACAAGAAGCAGAAGAAGAAAACAGGCUCUUACUGGUGCAAGAUGCGUCUGAGCGAGCAGCUCUUCUUCAGCCUGGACUCCUCUCUGAUGGGCAGUUUUAUUCUCCUCCUGAAUCUGCAGCAGGAUCUGAUGAAGAAUCUGAAGAAAAACAGGAUAGUGAAAAACCAAUUGUAUAGCAACUAUGGGAGAUAACAGAGUGAAAAUCUGAAUCAAAGGCCAUUAGGGAAUUGCUUAUACUGAAACUGUAAUGACAAUGUCUGCAGUUGACUUAUUGGUGGAACUGCUAACAAAAGAAUUUAUUUAUUAGAGAACAAAGAGGAAUGAUUCCCGUGUACUGUAAUACCUCACAAACUUGUUCUGUUCACAUAUAUAUAUAUUAGACUGCCUCAUGGCUGUUAUGAAAAAUUACUCAAUUACUCAUACUGUAUUCAGUGAUUCUUGAAGUUGAUCUUCUAACAGCUAGGUAGCUACUAGAAAGUGUUGUGCUUGUGUAACUAAUCAGUAAACCUGGUAAUAUAUUGAAGUAACACUUCUGUAUGAUGGAAGUAUAUUUAAUGAUUGUUUGAAUUCACCAGAUAAAACUAUUUUACGUUGUGAAAUAUUUGUCCUGUUAAUUUUUACAUUUUCUUUUUUUUUAAACUCCAUGCAUUUUUUUAAUGGACUUAUGCACUCUUUGUAAAAUAAAGAAAAAUGUUAAUAAAAACAAUGUGACAUAUUGCGA